UCGGCAACACCUUAUUGUACCUAAUCGCAUUACCCAUUCACUUCCUCACCUUAUCGUAUCAAUACUUCAAUUCAACAAAACUCUCUGUCCUCCUUUGUCUGAUCUGUGUAACUCUUUCUUCUUCCAUUGCGCUCGCCCUGAUUCAAUAUCAGAGAUCAGGGAUGGCUCCUUUCGCAAUUGCAACAUUGGCCACUUCUCACACCUGCAUCAUCCCAAAGCCUGCGAAUUUGAAAGUUCCAAUUCGCUGCUCCGCUGCUGCUUCUUCUCCUUCUUCGAUUUCAACUCGAUCAAAAGCCUCUGACUUUGAUUUGAGGACAUAUUGGGCUUCCCUAAUGGUGCAGAUCAAUCAGAAGCUCGACGAAGCCAUUCCAGUUCAGUUUCCUCCGCAGAUAUAUGAAGCUAUGCGGUAUUCAGUCCUUGCCCAAGGUGUCAAGCGAGCCCCACCUGUUAUGUGCAUCUCUGCAUGUGAACUCUUUGGGGGCAGCCGCCUUGCCGCCUUCCCUACUGCCUGCGCCCUUGAAAUGGUUCAUGCAGCUUCAUUGAUACAUGAUGAUCUUCCCUGCAUGGAUGACUCCCCGUCACGCCGUGGGAAACCUUCAAAUCAUACCAUCUAUGGUGUUGACAUGGCAAUUCUUGCUGGUGAUGCGCUUUUUCCCCUUGGAUUUCGUCACAUUGUUUCACAGACUCCGUCUGACCUUGUGCCUGAGCCCAAUCUUCUUCGUGUGAUUGCUGAGAUGGCUCGCUCUGUGGGCUCCACUGGUAUGGCUGCAGGGCAGUUCCUGGAUCUUGAAGGAGGAUCCAAUGCAGUUGAAUUUAUACAAGAAAAAAAGUUUGGUGAAAUGGGAGAGUGUUCUGCAGUGUGUGGAGGAUUGUUGGCUGGAGCUGAAGAUAAUGAGAUAGAGAGACUGAGGAGGUACGGGAGAGCUGUUGGGCUAUUGUAUGCAGUUGUGGAUGAUAUUCUGGAAGACAGGUUGAAAGCUGACGGAGGUGUUGACAGGAAAAACAAGGGCAAGAGUUAUGCAGAGGUUAAUGGAGUAGAAAAGGCAAUAGAAAAAGCUGAAGAGCUCAGAGAAAAGGCUAAGGAAGAAUUGGAUGGAUUUGAGAAGUACGGGGAGCGAGUCUUUCCUCUCUACAGUUUUGUAGAUUAUGCAUUUGAUAGAAGCUUCAAUGUUGAUGAUGCCAGUGGAUAAUGGGCUUUCGUUAUUUAUAUAGUUCUUUGAGUGGUUGACUAAGUGAGAAUCGAUCAUUGCAUUGCAUGACAUGAGAACUUACAGGUUUUGAACGCGGAACUCUCAAGUCCAUUCAAUCAAUCUCAGCUUUUAAACUUUCCCGUCCAUUUGUGGUUGAUAUCUUCUUGACUAUUAAAAGGAAUGAGGAAGUUCUGAGGCAAGGACCCAAAAGGAGGGCAUAUCUGUGUAGUAUGUUUUCCUGUAGCACAUUUGAUACGGAGUUAGCAUUCCAAGACCCUAAGAAACUAAUAUUAUCAUUUAUUUUGUGACUUUUGUUAAA